AUGGCUGAAGCAAUUGUUUCUUUUGCCUUGGACCAGCUGGCUUCAAUUCUUUCUCAACAGAUUGGAAAACAAGUGAAUCUAGUUGGGGAUGUUGACGAACAAGUUGACAAGCUUACCCACAGUCUUCGAGCCAUUCGGGCUGUGCUAUUUGAAGAAGAGCAAAAACAAAUGAAGGAUGAAGCUGUCAGAGUUUGGUUAGAUCGGCUCAAAGACGUAUGUUAUGACGUCGAAGAUGUCUUGGAUGAGUGGAACACUGCAAUCAUUAAAUUGCAAUUUGAGGGAGGUCAUGAUUCACAUAACGCUCUUGCCCCUCAGAAGAAGGUACGUAGCUUCUUUCCCUUUCCAUGCUUUGGCUUCAAAGAAGUUGUUUUACGUUGUGACAUUGCAACCAAGAUAAAUGAAAUAAAUGAAAAACUAGAUGCUGUUGCAACACAGAAAGAUAUGUAUUCUCUUAACAAGAUUCAAGUUGUUGAGAAACCUCAUUAUAAGCAAGUAGAUACUACUUCUAUUAUUGAUGUAUCUAAUAUAUGUGGUAGAGAUGAUGAGAAGAAUUAUUUAGUAAACAAGUUAUUUUGUGAGAGUAGUGAACAAGGCCUCCAGAUCAUCUCACUAGUAGGGAUGGGAGGAAUUGGAAAAACAACUCUUGCACAACUUGCUUACAAUGAUAAUGAGGUGAUUAACAAUUUUAAUAAAAGGAUCUGGGUGUGUGUAUCAGAUCCUUUUGAUGAGUUUAGGGUCGCCAAAGCUAUCCUUGAAGCUCUAGAAGGCACUCACUCUAAUUUAGCAGAAUUUAAUUCUCUUAUCGAAAAAAUUUAUGAAUCUAUCAAAGACAAGAAAUUUCUUCUCGUCUUAGAUGAUGUGUGGACUGAAGAUGAUAGGAAAUGGGAACUGUUCUAUAAUUGUUUAAAGAAUGGCCUCCCUGGAAGUAGAAUUAUAAUAACCACACGUAAGGAGUCAAUAGCCCUUAUGAUUAAUUCAAAUAUUAUUAAGGUUGAACAAUUGUCUGAUAAGGAGAAUUGGUUGUUGUUUGAAAGGAUAGCAUUUCGUGGAAGAUCUCCUCAAGAAUGUGAAAAAUUAAUAGAAGUUGGUAAAGAAAUUGUAAGGAAGUGCAAGGGUUUGCCUCUUGCUACAAAGACUAUUGGGAGUCUCUUGCGUUUUAAAAACACUAGAGAAGAAUGGCAAUACAUCUUAGGUAGUGAGAUGUGGAAACUACAAAAGAUUGAAAAAGGUCUUUUAUCCCCCUUAAUGUUGAGUUAUAAUGAUUUACCUCCAAUGGUAAAAUGGUGUUUCUUAUAUUGUUCCGUAUUUCCAAAAGAUCAUAUGAUUGAGAGUGAUGAAUUGAUUAAUUUAUGGAUGGCUCAAGGUUAUCUUGAGUUAGCAAAAGAUGAUGAGGAAAGGAAGAUAACUGGUAAAGAGUAUUUUGAGUUUUUAGUGACACGGUCUCUCUUGCAAGAGCAUGAAAACACUAAUAAAGUUAAAUCUCUCUUUGGCCAAGAGCAUGAAAACACUAAAAUAGUUAAGAUGCAUGAUAUAGUGCAUGAUUUUGUGCAAUUUUUUAGUAACAAUGAAUGUUUUGGUGUGGAAGUCCAUGGUGUUGAAGACCCAUUUACAAACUCUUCUCAUGUCCAAGUUCGUCAUUUAAAAUUAAUUCUUGAUGGAGUGGCUUCACUUCCUGUAUCUAUUUUUAGAUUCAAAAAGCUACGUAGUCUCUUAAUUAGUGAUAAAUAUAUUUAUGGUGGCAAUUAUUUGACUAGUGAUGAUUUGUCAAGGUUAUUUGAUGAAUUUACAUGUUUAAGGGCAUUACAGUUAAGUGUUGAAUCUAGAGUUGAAGUGCUCCCAAAAGAGAUAGGAAAAUUGAUACAUCUAAGGUAUCUGAAAUUGUCUAAACUAUCUAUAAAAAUAUUGCCUGAAUGGUUGUGUGAAUUAUAUAAUUUACACACUUUAGAUAUUUGUGGAUGUGAGGUUGAAGUAUUACCUCAAGGGAUGGAAAAAUUAGUAAACUUGAGGUAUUUGAUAUUAGAUAUUUUUGAUUUUUCACUACUUUACAUGCCGAAAGGGAUUGAGAAAUUAACCGGUCUUCGAAGAUUAGAUGAAUUCGUUAUAAGUGGUGGUGGUGAUCAUGAUAACAAAGCAUGUAGUCUCGAUGGAUUGAAAAACUUGAGUCAUCUUAAAGGGAGGCUUACAGUAAGAGGGUUGGGAAAUUUGACAAAUGUAAGGGAAGGUGAAAUGACAGAAGUAUUUAAUAAUAAGAAAAACCUCUCUAAGUUGAUAUUAAGAUUUGAUAAACGUGAAGCAGGGGAGAGAUCAGGUGAGGAUGAUGAACUAGUCCUUAAGGCCUCACAACCACCGCCAAAUUUAAAUGAUUUGGUAAUACAGGGCUACAGAGGCAACUCAUUUCCCUCCAGUUGGAUGACGUUAGCCAAAUUGGAGGUGUUACGUCCUAGAGGUUGCUCCAACAUAAAGCAUUUGCAUAAUUUGGGAAAAUCGCCAUCCCUUGAAUUACUAUGUAUAGAUGGGAUGAAAAAUUUGAAAAAAGUGAAUAAUGAAUUUUGGGGAAUAGAAAGCGAGAUGACAUCAUUAUCUUCAUCGUCUGUUCUCUUUCCCAGACUGAAAACACUCGAAUUUUGGGACAUGAAAAAUUGGGAAGAGUGGGAUUGCGAGAAUAUAAAUAUGGGAAUGGAAUUCAUGCCAUGUCUUGCUACCUUGUCUAUUAAUCUCUCCCCAAAAUUAAAGGCACUGCCACAUAGCCUUCUCUCAACCCUCAAGGACUUGGUCAUUGAUGAAUGUCCUAUUCUAACUGAACGAUACAACAAAGGAACAGGCGAGGACUGGCUCAAGAUCUCUCACAUCCCCACGAUCAAGUUUGAUGGGCAAUAUGUGCAAAGAGAGCAAUAA